AUAACUAGCUUCCUGCAUGCUUCUCGACUUGGUAGCUGCUGGUACGCCACACCAGACACUACAAACAGUAACAAUGGCGGAGUUCGCGCUUGGGCUGACCAAGACGGCGGUGGCUGGGACGGUGAGCAGGGUGAAGUCGGCGAUCGAGGAGGCGGAUCUGCGUGUGCGCGUGCAGGACGACCUGGUGUUCAUCUCGGGGGAGUUGGAGAUGAUGCAGGCCUUCCUCAGCGCCUCCGGUGCCGGGGAGCGCGCCUCCAAGAACCAGGUGGUGCGGACGUGGGUGAGGCAGCUCCGCGAGCUGGCCUUCGACGUUGAGGACUGCGUCGAGUUCGUGGUCCACCUGGACAACAAGCUGUCGCGCUGGGACUGGGUCCAGCGCCUGGCUUCCUCCUUCCUGGUAUGCAUGUCGAUGCCGCCGCUGCCCCUGGACGCGGCGGUGGAGGAGAUCAAACGGCUCAAGGCGAGGGUGGAGGACGUAAGCCAGAGGAACAUCCGCUACAAGCUCAUCACGAGCGGCGGCGAUGAUCAGCAGAUUCUUACGCAGCCUGCCAUCAGCGGUGCAUCAUCAUCAUCAUCAUCAUCAUCAUCAUCAUCAUCAUCAUCAGCGGCGGCGGCGGCAACAUUCCAGGCUCUGAGGAAGGUGUGGAAGGACACGGGAAAGCUUCACGACGCCGUGAGUACCGGCGACCUCAAGAAGCUGAUCGACUGCCAAGGCAGCGAGCUCCAAGUGAUCUCGCUGUGGGGCAGUCCACAAGCCGAUACUGUUGGGCAACUUGGGUGGAAGGCUAUGGUGAAGCAGGCGUACGAUGACGCGGGCACAUGCCGAGAAUUCAAGAACCGCGCGUGGGUAAAGCCGACGCAUCCUUUCAACCCGCUAGAGUUCCUCAACGCCUUGCUGUGCCAGUUCGCUUCUCACCUCCACCGCCGUCAGCACGACGACGAGUCGGAGCUCGUGCAACAAGUCAGCCAGCACAAGUAUCUCAUCGUCCUCGAGCAAGAACUAUCCAGCAUCGCAGACUGGGAUGCCAUCAGACUGUGCCUUCCAGAUGGAAACAACGGCAGCCGGAUCAUCGUCUGCACUAGGCACUUGGGGAUUGCACUUGCCUGCACCAGGGAGCCAUGCCAGGUGUGGGAGCUAAGGCCCUUCUUUCGUGAUCAAUACCUUUAUGCAAUUUUCCCCAAGGGUCGUGGUCAUCGCAUCGGCAUGGGUGAACUAUAUUGGCAACUUAGACGCCCUGGUGUUGUCUCCUUGUUGUGGAAUCAUCAUGAUGACCGCAACGAAUUUAUGCAACCGUUGCGCGGCGACGGAUGGAGAAAUUAUUUGAGAGGGCCAGAUCCAGAUGGGGUGGAAUUUGAACACUGCUGCUUGUACGACGUUCCUUAUAGAACAACUAGUAUUGACAUGCUGGUCGAGUUGGCUGACAAAUUACUUAGAAGUUGUUAUCCAGAAGAAAAGCUCAAGACGAUGAGCUCCCAGGAUAGGAUUGCAAGGAGUCGUAAGCUUCUAACUGAACACAACUGGCUCGUCUGUAUCAGUAUCAUCAAGCGGGACUCCAUGGACUGGGACUUGAUAAAACGGGAGCUCUUACACGAGUCUACCAGAGGUUCUAUACUUGUUGUAACAAAAGAACAAAGUGUGGCCAACUACUGUGUAGACCACGAAUCUCGAGUUCUCGAUGUCAGAGAUCUGCUAAGGGGUUCCCAUCAUCGUGGACAUGGAGAUCGAGGAGGCGAGAUAGAGGAAGAGGAUAAAUCCGAACCUCGUAAUUUUGUUGGGUCUUCCAGGUGUGCCUUUUCGCUGGCGUUGGAAAAUAACGGUGUGGUGUCUUUUUGGGGAAUUGCUGGCAUUGGAAAGUCAGCUUCGGUCAGAGAAAGGUACUAUAAAGAAAAGACAUACUCUCAAACAAAGUUCGGCUGGGUGGAUGUGCCCCAUCCGUUCGAUAUGGAGGAUAUGUGUCGGCGAUUGCUUCUGGAUUUUUAUUCAGAUGAAGCCAAGGAAGCUGUGGCAAUUGCUAUGAUGGAAGGCCAGGACCCUACGCAGUGGUGUUCUAAAAUUCUGCACGAAAACAAAUUUGUCCUUGUUCUUGAUGGUCUGCAGUCCAAGCAUGACUGGGACUUGAUAAAAGCAGCCCUGUUAUCCGAACCUAUUACUCCUGGUGGUACUACUGUUGUAAUCACACGUGAAGAAAGCAUCGCCACACAUUGUACAGUAGGCUCUCGUGACAUUCACAACAUCAAAGGCCUAGAUGCUGAAUUAGCCCUUGAUCUCUUCACAGAGAUAGCUUUGGACAGCAAGCAAUUGUCUUCCCGCGCAGCAGAGAUUUUAAAUCUUAUCAUAUGCAAGUGUGGUGGGCUUCCGGAAAUAAUAACUGCUGUGGCGAGCGGUUGCAGAGACGUAAGACUUGUCGAGGGCUCACUGGGAUUAGGGACUUUGAAUAACAUAAAUGAUAACUUCAUGUAUAUUUUGGAGGAGUUGCCAGAUCUAAAGGGCCUGUUUUGUUGGAUGCAAUCCUACUUUGAUUCUUGCUCGGAUGAACUCAAGCCAUGCAUCUUUUAUCUGUCCGUCUUCCCUUUGGACCAAAGCAUUAGGCGGAGGCGUUUGGGAAGGCGCUGGAUCGCAGAGGGUUACUCAUCUGGUGGUGGUGGUGGUGGUGGUGCCGCGGAAAAGAAGGGAGAAGAGCACCUGUCCAAGCUCAUGAAGUUGAGCAUAUUAUACAAGGAGCAAGAGACAAUAGGAAAAUUGAAAAGCUGCAAGGUCAAUGGUUUCUUCGGUUCAUACAUCAAGUCGCGGCCCAUGGAAGAUAACCUUGUGUUCGCACUAGAGGGGUGUUGCAGCCCUAGCUCGGGACUCACUGGACAACACCUCACCAUAAGAAGCAGCUGGGACAGAGACGAGGCAGUAUUCAACAGCAUCGACUUGUCACGGCUGCGGUCACUGACAGUGUUUGGGGCGUGGAAGCCAUUCCUCACCUCCGAAAAGAUGAGGCUACUUCGGGUGCUUGAUCUGGAGGGCACUAAUACUUCAGAUGAUACAACCUAUGUAACAGAUGACCACCUGGAGGAGAUGGGCAAGAUGUUGCAUCGCCUCAAGUUCCUAUCGCUGCGAGGAUGCCAGCAAAUCACCCGUCUCCCAGAUUCACUAGGUGACAUGAGGCAGUUGCAGACCCUAGAUGUGAGAUACACAUCCAUAGUCGAGCUGCCAUCUAGUAUCAUCACCAAGCUACACAAGCUGCAGUACAUCCGUGCGGGCGCAAGAACGGACACAAGCCUCCUCCUAGUGCAAACAGAAACAGAAACAGAAGCACCAACACCAACCCCACCACCAUCAACACCACCACCAAUGCCACCACAACAAGAAGAAGAUAACCAUGGCGGCACAAGCCCUGUCCUAGGACCCACUGCAGCAUUACCUGUGGCAUUCAUCACUGAAGCAUGGAAGAGGAAGGCACGUGGUUUGGUGGAAUCCACCAGCUGGUGGCAGUCCAAGAAGCAGCUGGAUCUGCGCAGGCGCCGCCGUGUUGCAGAAAAUGGCGGUGGUGUUGAAGUUUGUCUUGCUGCUGCAAAGGGGGUAUGGAGGCUGACAGACAUGCAUACACUUGGUGUUGUGAAUGUUGCAGGUGGGAAAGGCGCCUUCCUCUUUCUAGAGGAGGUGAAGAAGCUUACCCAGCUGCGCAAGCUCGGGCUUUCCGGCAUAAACCGUGACAACUGGGACAUGCUCUGCAAUGCCAUCUCAAGGAACCUCCCUCACCUGGAAUCCUUGUCGCUGCAACUCAUGCUGCUGGAGAAGGAAGGCGGCAGCUUUGACUUUGCCUGCUUCGACCACAUCGUCGAGCCGCCCGAGACCCUAGAGAGCCUUAAGGUACUUUACACAACGACGACGACGACGACCGGAGCUUCAGCUGCAGGUGUUGCACGCAUAAACCUUUCCUGGUUGGCCAAGCUUCCGCAUUUGUGUCCAACCUUUGGCCAUGAGGUUAGAAUAUCAAGUCAAGAGGACAUACGCCACAUCGCUACUCUUCAACGACUCGGAGUUCGCGUAGUUCAUAUCAAGCCCAUCGAGGAGCAUCUCAGUUUUGAGAAUGACCAAGACGGACGUGAGAUAUAUUUCAACUAUGUCGACUCCCUCAAGAUCGAAUGCUCCGGUACCUUGUCACCAUCAAAGGUAACGUUUGGAGAUUCGGUUAGGUUUAAUGUCGAUCAAGUCAGCAUCCACUGCUGCUGCAGCUCGUACUAG